AUGGCCGACCGCCAAGAUAUCCGCUUCGCGUCCGGCGACGACAUCUGCGCCGGCUGGCUCUACCCGUCCGCUCCGGGCGGCCGCCGCCCCGUCAUCGUCCUGGCGCACGGCAUCGGCGCCAUCAAGGAGAUGGGUCUUAAUCGCUUCGCGCACCGCUUCCAGCAGGCCGGGUUCAACGCGCUCGUCUUCGACUACCGCCACCUCGGCGCGUCGACAGGCAGGCCGAGGCAGCUCGUCGACGUGCCCAGGCAGCUCGAGGACUGGUCGGCCGCCCUCGACUUUGCAGAGACGCUCGAGUCGGUCGAUCGCGAGCGCAUCGCCAUCUUUGGCACCAGCUUCGCCGGUGGGCACGUCAUCACCGUCGCAGCCCGUGAGCCGAGGCGUGUAAAGGCCGUCGUAUCCCAGUGCCCCUUUACCAGCGGAUGGGCCUCGUCCCAGACCGUCAGCUUCCGCACCCUCCUCUGGGGCACCGUGGCUGCCAUCAGAGACCUCGUCUUUUCUUGGGGCGAUUCGAUCGUGCCCAUCGCCCUGGCCGGAAAGCCGGAUGAUGUCGCUCUGAUGACCAAGCCGGACGUCUGGCAGGGCUACCUCAGCCUCGUCCCCCGCGACAUCGCGUUCAGCAAUGAGAUUGCCGCGCGCCUUUUGCUCAAGCUGCCCCUCUUGGCGCCUGGACGCGACGCAAAGAAGGUGCAGGCCCCGAUCUUCUUCGCCAUCUGCGCCGGCGACUCGGUGGCGCCCGCAGACACCAGCAUCGCCUACGCAAAGGAGGCGCCGAGAGGUGUCGUCCGCGUCUUUGAAGGCAUGGGCCACUUUGACAUCUACGUCGGCGAGGCUUUUGAAAAGGCGAUGCCCGAGUACAUCGAUUUCUUCACCAAGCACCUGGCUUGA